UGGACGGUAAAUUCGGUUGAAGUAUCAAAAAAGUUUAGAAUUUAUCAAAUGAAUUUGUUAAUAAGUAUUAAGGAAGGAAGAAAAAAGUUAACAUGGAAUGAUACGAUCGAAAUAUUAGCUCUUUUAUCGAUAAUGAUAAUGUGUUUUCUUUGCCCUUACUCGACAUUUACUACCUCUGAAUGGAUAAAAGUUUUGGAUUCAAAUCCGUAUAAAGUUACAAACCCUAUUUUAACAAGUUCACUUACUACCUCUUUAUAUGAGGCAACCCACAACUUUUCACUUGGGCUAAAUUCCAAAUUUACAAAUAACAAUGAAUCUGAUGAAUUAUGGGAGAAAGCAAACAGAAUUUUUAACAAUAUGAAGGAAGACGCGCACCAAGAUAUAUCUGUAGAUCCCUGCAUAGUCGAUGAUAUCACAGUGUUAAAUUCUGAGAUUAAGCCCUUAGGGUGCUCUCCAUUAAAAGCAAAGAAAGAUUUUAUCAAAGUGCAUCUCAAAGGCAAGAAGUCAAUUAACCAAUUUUAUGAAAAAGGAGGCCCCAGAAAAGCAUUGGCUUUUUUGAAUAUAGCUGAUACCAUUGAAUCAUUUUUCAUCGAUUUGGAAUACGAUGGAAUAUAUCGAUCGUGGCCAAUUCUCAAAAAUAAAAUAGCGACGGAUGAGGGAUCACUUCCAUUAAUGGUAUUAACCUUUUCGCAUUUUUUGAAAUUAGAGCAAUUUGUUUGUGAAAUUGCAAAUGAAUAUGAAAGUCGACCAUCACCUGGUAGUUAUACUACCGCAACAGAUUAA